GGAAAGAAACUAUGUGUGGGCAACACGCCAGAUUCAUGACCCUCUCCUGAAAAUGUCACGUUUAAAACCCAUUUCUCUUCUCUCUCUGCAAAUCUAAAACCCUAGAGAGAGAGAGACCCUUCGUCUUCUUGCUCUCUACGAAACCCCACACAGAGACCUCUCCCAAUUUCCACAAAGAUGAACAACCUCAUCAAGCUAAGCUCCCUCAACGCCUUGAGAUCCCUCCGCCAUUCUCAGCCGUCGGCGACGGCGACUGCGGCUCUCCGGACCCUCACCACCUGCUCGUCGCCCCUCGGCAACCGCUCGGUCGUGCCCGCUCCGUCUUCCUCGAUCGUUCCCGGCGCGCAGAGUUUGCUCGGCGUUCGACAUUUCCGUGGCAGCAUCAACAGCGAUUCCAAGAACCAUGAGAUUGCUCCACCAAUCAACUGGGGAAUUCGGAUUGUGCCGGAACGUAUGGCUUUUGUGAUUGAGCGGUUUGGGAAGUACCACACGACUCUGCAGUCUGGGAUCCAUUUUCUGAUUCCGUUUGUCGACAGAAUUGCUUUCGUGCAUUCGUUGAAGGAGGAGGUCUUUAAUGUGCCAGACCAGGCAGCUAUCACCCAAGACAAUGUCAGGAUUCAGGUUGAUGGGGUUAUUUACCUCAAGAUUGAGGACCCCCACCUGGCCUCCUAUGGAUCUGUGCGUCCUUUUGAUGCAGCUAUUCAGCUUGCUCAGGGGAUCAUGCGUACUGCAAUUGCGAAACUUACUCUUGACAAUGCAUUCAAGGAAAGAGAAAACCUCAAUGAUGAGAUAGUGAGGGUAGUCAACGAAGCUGCAACAGCAUAUGGCUUGAGGUGCAUCCGAUAUGUGAUAAGGGACAUAACUCCUCCUCUUGCGGUGAGGCAAUCUAUGGAAAUGCAAGCAGAUGCAGAACGCAAAAAGAGAGUUAAAAUUCUUGUGUCUGAAGGUGAAAGGGAUGCCGCCAUUAACCAAGCAGAAGGGGAGAGGCGUGCUGCAUUUUUAGCUGCAGAAGGAGAACUUGCUAAAGCAGAUGCAGCUUCUAAAGGAAUUUCCCUUGUAUCAAAGAGUCUUAUGGAAGCUGGGGGUAUAGAGGCUGCUGGUUUGAAAGUCGCUGAGCAGUAUGUCAUAGCAUUCGGAAAUCUGGCGAAACAGGGCACCUCAACAGUGUUUCUUCCCAAUGAUGCUACUGGUGUCUCCUCCAUGAUUUCUCAAGCCAUUUCUCUUUAUAAAAGGUUGGGUGGGGAUCCAACCACUGGAUCAACUGGAGGCUUUAAGGCUGAUACUCCCUCGAAAGAAUCUCAGCAUGCAACCAAGCUGAUUGAGGAAACAGUUGAUGGAGAUAAGGCUUCAAAGUUUUCCCUUCAAAACCAGAAGGUGCCUGAUGAACUUGGGUUUUCUCUUCAAAACCGCAAGUAGAAUAGAGGUGAAUUUUCUCAAUAUCACAAUCAGAGCAGUUUUGAGUCUUCACAGCAGACUUGUCACUUUAAUAUGAGCUGUAAUUAACUACAAGGUAUUACAUCUUUGCUAUGUCAGAGAUACAGGCUAAUCCAGUGAUUGAACUCUUUGUUUGGGUUGGUUCAGCAAUGAUAUUAAUUCUCUGAUCAUUUAGGUGAA